UGACUUUGCGGAACCAUAAAUAUGACUUCCUCUUUAACAGAAUUAGUGUAAACAGACAUAACUCUGACGUUGACGUUGACUGCAUAAGUUCCGGCUUGAAGUCAUGAAUAUAGUCUUAGGCUGGCGAGUGUCAAAUCGCAAAAUAAUAUUAACUUUUCGUGGAGCUUUGUGAAACCGUGGCAUUCCUAUUUUAACAACAAUUGUUAAGUACUGAAAGGCACAGUAAUAAGCUAGGCACACACAUAUAUAUCUUUUUUGUUCAAACGACAACAAAAUCAAUAUAAACCGAUUAGUUUGACAAGUCAUGUUACGUCAACAUAACAUGCAUGUGGGUAUCUAGUACGAGUAUGUACAUAAAAAAGUGAAAGAACACAGGUUUUAUUUUCGAUAUAAAUGCCUUGCCGGUUAUUGGCCAAUACUUCAUUCACAAGAAUAUUUUUUAAGUCUCAACUGCGUUUGCGUAAAGAAUAAACAAAAUGUUUAAAGUUGUCUUCACGAUCAUAUUAGCAUGCAUUGCUUACGCGAGCGCUGGCAUCUUGGCCCCAGCCGCUGUGGUCUACACUUCGCCAUCGGAAUUGCCCAGCGCCAGCGGUUAUGAAUACCAACACACCAUUCAAACCGCGGACUACGUAAAUCAUGCAUCGGUGGUGAAACCUUUGAACGGUUUCGUUAAUGCACCGGCAGUCGUUCGCACUGUCUACAACGCACCGUUGGCGGUGGCGCAUGCGUGGUAAAGCCAAUAAAAAUAUUUACCCAGAUUGUUGUGGAUUUAUUGUUCAAAAGGAGUUGCGCAAAGUUUAGUGAAAUAAAAAAUUGUUUGACGGAAUCUA